CUGGAGCAGGAAGCCCGAAGGGGGCGGGGAUGGGUGGGGUGCGCGCGGGCCGGAGCAGCGCGUCAGUCACCGCUGCGCGCCAGUAAGGACGAGCCUCCAGCCCGGCGCCCGAGUCCCUGACCCGGAAGGCGGCGCCGAAGGCCCCGGGGGACCCCGCGCGCGGGGCCCGGGCAGCAGGGAGGCGGCCUGGACCCCGCGCAGCCCUCGGCGAGGCAGCGGCGAGCACGACGCGCUUGAUCGGCUCAGGAUGGGGAACCACGCGGGGAAGCGAGAGGCCGGCGCUGAGAAGGGCCACAAGGACGGCGAAGCCACCAGGGCGGAGGCUGAAAGGAAGAGGACCCCCCGAGGACUGUCCCGGGAGACCUCGGGGGACAGCGUGUUCGGAGAGGCAGCUGCGGACCCGGACAAUGGGAGCCCCUCGCAGGACCCAGCGGUGACAGACUCCAAGUGCACGGCGGGCCCAAAGAAUGCCUGGCCGGACGCCAGCCCAGCUGACCCCGGGGGCCGCCCCCACUUGGCCCGCCUCUUCUCCCGAGACGCCCCGGGGAGGGAGGACAACACCUUCAAAGACAGGCCCUCCGAGUCAGACGAGCUCCAGACCAUCCAAGAGGACAGUGCGGCAGCCGGGGCCCCGGACGUGAUGGCCGCCCAGAAGAGACCCUCGCAGCGGCACGGGUCCAAGUACCUGGCCUCCGCGAGCCCCAUGGACCACGCCAGGCACGCCUUCCUCCCGAGGCGCAGGGACGCGGGCAUCCUUGACUCCCUGGGGCGCUUCUUUGGAGGCGACAGGGGCGUGCCCAAGCGGGGUUCGGGCAAGGACGCACACCACGCAGCCAGAACCACCCACUACGGCUCCCUGCCCCCAAAAGCGCAGCACGGCCGGCCCCAGGAUGAGAACCCCGUAGUCCACUUCUUCAAAAACAUCGUGACGCCCCGCACACCUCCGCCGUCACAAGGAAAGGGGCGAGGACUGUCCCUCAGCCGAUUUAGCUGGGGCGCCGAGGGGCAGAAGCCGGGCUUCGGCUACGGCGGCCGAGCUUCUGACUACAAAUCGGCUCACAAGGGCCUCAAAGGCCACGACGCCCAGGGCACGCUUUCCAGAAUCUUCAAACUGGGGGGGCGAGACGGUCGCUCCGGGUCACCCAUGGCUAGACGCUGACGCCUGGCUCCUGUCCCCGAACCCCGUCCUCGGCUUCUUAACGCACGGCCCCGAGAUGUUAACACGGCCCCACCCACCCCCAGCUUCUAGAAACGACCUCUCACCCAAUGCCUUGGACUCCUGCGCACAGUAGGGUCAGGCACACCGCGCCCUACUGGCAUCUCCGUGGGUGCGCACAAGCACAGAACACGUCUGCGCUCCCCACUUCACGUCUGAAGACACUGUCUCGGAGCUUUGUUCCACGGCGGCGUGCCGGGUGCCCGCCGCCCCUCCACCCUCGGACUCGCUGCACAGGCUGACCUUUCCUGGCUUCUGGCCCUGCUGUGCGACACCGCUGUGGACACGAACACGCGUGGGUGGUGGGACUGGCGACCCCACGCCCUUCGGUUCCCUUCCCUGCCCGGUCUCACCUCCUAAGGCCCCUUCUUUGCUAACAGGACUAGGCAGCGAGUGGCCUCACCCCACGGGAGCUUCUGUAUGUGAAACGCAGGUGGGCAGCUUGGAGGAGAGCAGGGCGGUGGCGCAGAGGGCCCGGCGGGCUGCUCCCGCGACGGGCGGCUGACCUCGUGCGUGGCAGAGAGGGGACGGUAGCAGGAGGGCUGGGCCGUGGCCUGGAGCAGGGAGCAGGCGGGGACACAGCGGGGACCAGAGUGGCCCCUACGAGCCGUCACCAGAGCCCGGCCGAGAGCUCGGGGAGACCUGCACAGAGAGAGUGGACCGGAGGAGAUUUCGGAGUGCCACGCGGUGCCGCCCGGUCACCGGAAAGCCGACCGUGACCGGGGGCACGCGCAGCAUGGCGGUUCGCGCUGCAGACACUAACCCUCCCGGGGGCGCCCCUCGGCCGGCCUCCCGGGCUGGGCAGGCCGGCUGGGCUUUGCUAGGGCUGCCCACCCCCGCCCCGCCCCCGACCCUGUCCCCGCCCCUGCCCCUGCCCUCUGGCUGCGCCCACCAGCCCGAGGCUGCAGAAGCCGUCCCCGAAGGUCCCUCUAACGUGCGCUGACACCCCGCCCGUGACACACUGACUGCGUUGGCGUUGUGGCGCCCCCCUCAGCCUGCCUUCAGACGCCCCGUGGCCCCGUCCCCCUAGUGAGCAGGGGGCACGACCCCACAGGCCCCCUAAUCCCGUCUAACCCUGACCGUCAAGUGUGGGUUUGUAUAACGUCCACUAACACACAGCCUCAGCGACAGCUGGGUGACCAGACAGAACCGCCUUUGGGACACCGCCACCCCCUCGCCGGCCCUGCACGGCCUGUGUCUGAGCUGCUGCCGGCGGGGGGGGGGGCCCACACAGACAACACCCCAAUGGCAGCCACGGCUGCCACGGGACGUGCACGCUGUUCUUGAACAGUGACGUGAAUAAACUUUUA